AUGGGGGCUGCAGCACAGCCUGCCACCCUCCUGCUGCUGUCACUACUCCAGGCUCUGACCCGGACUGAGAACCAGAGCCUAGUUGGCUCACACUCCAUGAGGUACUUUGCAACCACCACCGCAUCUGUAAAGGGUCUCCGAGAUCCCCAAGUCUUCAUUGUUGCCAUUGUGGACGACACUCAAUUCCUGCGCUUCAACAGUGAGGCAGCUACUAAGAUGGAGCCCCUCGUGCCAUGGGCGAAGCAGAUGGGGGACAGUUAUUGGGUGUUGGAGAGUGAGGGUCUGGAGCAUUAUGCACACACUGCCCAAGAAAACUUGAGAUUUGCCAUCCGGAUCUAUAACCAGAGCGACGAUGGCUCUCAUACCUUCCAGGGUUUGGUUGGUUGUGACAUGGGUCCGGAUCGACGCUUCAUCCGAGGGCACUAUAGACAUGCCUUUGAUGUCCGCGAUUACAUCAGCCUGAACGAGGACCUGAGAACUUGGACUGUGGCCGACAACAUAGCUCAGCUCACCCAGCGACAGUGGGAAGAAAAAAAAGUAGCAGAACACUGGAGGAUCUUCUUAGAGGGCUGGUGCAUUCGUUGGUUAGUCAGGCACCUGGAGCUAGGAAAGGAGAUUCUGCGGCGCUCAGACCCUCCAAAGACACAUGUAACCCAUCACCCUAGACCUGAAGGUGAUGUCACCCUGAGGUGCUGGGCCCUUGGAUUCUACCCAGCUGAGAUUACCCUGACCUGGCAGAGGGAUGGGGAAGACCAGACCCAGGACAUGGAACUUGUGGACACCAGGCCUGCAGGGGAUGGAACCUUCCAGAAGUGGGCAGCGGUGGUUGUGAUUUCUGGGGAGGAGCAGAGAUACACAUGUCAUGUGGAUCAUGAGGGGCUGCCUGAGCCCCUUAUCCUAAGAUGGGAGCCACCUCCUUGGCCCACAAUUGGAAUGACUGUUGUUGUGGUUCUCCUUGGAGUUGUGGUCGCUGGAGCUGUGGCUGCCAUUGUGAUGAGGAGGAGGAAAAGUGCAGCAUCUCACACUGUAUCCCGCCCUGGCUUGGAACUCACUAUGUAGCUGUGAUGGCUGAGCCUCAUUGUCAACUUGACUGGACUUAGAGUCUCCUGGGAGAUUCAGUUCUGGUCACACAUGUAAGAGUGUUUCCUGGUGUUAAGGAUGGAAGGACCACCCUGGGCCCAGGGAUAAAAGCAAGCACAGGAGAAACUGAGGUCCUUAUGUUCUAUGUCCUGAUCUACUGAAGUUUGAGGAAGCCCAGCCACAUGCCCCUGCUGCUGUCUAUACCACCAUACCUUAUGCUGAUAUUGCCUGUACCCUCUUAAGUCAUAGAACAGAAUAAAUCUUUCUUCCUUUAA